AUCAAUCUUUGUCCAUGGACUUGCAGAGUUUUAGGCACUCGUUUCCUUUCUUGGAUGUUGAUCCUUCCAUCCAAUUUGGUGAGUUAAACAUGGAGAACUCAGCCUUGAAUUUCCAUGGCUUCUUGCCUUUCCAAGCAUCUGAACUUCAUAACAGCCAGAGCUUAGAGGGAGCUACCAGCAAGAAGAGAAAAGCAUUGGAUGCAGGGGAGAGUAGUUGUGGGAACUCGUCAUCAUCUCCACAGAGUUCAGUAAGAGGGAAAAGAGCAAAAAGUAAUGGCAUUUCCAAGGAGGAGGAGAAGCCAAAGCAAGUGGUUCAUGUGAGGGCCAGAAGAGGUGAAGCUACCGAUAGCCACAGUUUGGCAGAAAGGGUCAGAAGAAGGAAAAUAAAUGACAGACUAAGAUGUUUGCAAGAUAUUGUUCCCGGCUGCUAUAAGACAAUGGGGAUGGCAGUAAUGCUAGAUGAGAUCAUCAAUUAUGUGCAGUCCUUGCAGAAUCAGGUUGAGUUUCUUUCAAUGAAGCUAACGGCAGCCAGCACAGAAUAUGACUUCAACCCAGAUGCCAUGGAAAGAUACGGUGGAGCUGGGUUGCACUCAACGUCGCGGUGGACAGAGAGGGACAUGAUGAAAAUGCUCUACUUGUCGACACUUCUUCAAGAAAAUGUACCCCACUAG